AAAAUUCUUGCACACAGGUUUAUGGGAGAAAUCAAUGUGUCAACUCAGAGACCGGUUACUGUUAUUGUUGUUCAUAUUUACUUGUUUAUUCAACCGACACGAAUGGUUUCAACGUUAAGAAACAGGUUAAAUCUGGUUGCGUCGAGAAUCCUGACUAUUGUAACGCCAACAGCACCUAUACAUGUCUCACAUGCUGCUAACAAUAACUGGCAAUACACUUAG